AUGGCUCUCAGUAUAUUGCAAAACGGAAAAAUGCCAAGGUUCCUUAGCGAAGACCAACUGGAAACAGUUUUUCUGAAUGGCACCACCUCCAGCAGCCUGACUAACCUCACGCAAGGUCUUAACAACCUGGGUUUAUGUGACAUUGCCAAACAUCUGCCAACCUUUUUAUAUCUUUUUCGACCCUCUUCAGCUUCAUUGCUAACAAGAAGAAAACUUGUGCACAUUCUUAAGCCCGACUUUUCUGAAGAUGGAUGUAAUCAGCGACAGCAUGAGAAUAUAGUCUAUGCGGCAUUUUCCAAGUACUGCAGAGAAGCUGCUGGAGGUAAAAGAGGUAAUAUUACCCUAGAGCAUAUAUUACAGUUCACAACCGCAACUGAUGAAGAACCUGUUCUCGGCUUUGCAACAGAUCCAUCCAUACAAUUUGUGUCAUCCAAGUCAUCAAGUAAAUGGUCAUUUAUUCCUACAGCAAACACUUGUGGUAAUACACUACAUUUGCCUUGCCCUGAUCAUAGUGUAGCACUUCCUGUCGAAGUUGAACUUUUCGAAGUGUAUGAUAUGGCGUUUUGUAAUGCUUAUUUUGGGAACCGCUAAACUAAACACAUUAUAAUACUUUAUUCGCUGUUUUGUUGGAGUAAUCUAUUGAACUCUUUUGAAGUAAACUGUUUAAGUAACUUAAUAUUUACAUUUAUUUAGUUUUGUUGUCAGAUCAGUUUAUAGUUAAACAUAACCUGAGUUUGAUAACCAUCUCAGCUGGAAUGGUAUACAAGGAUUUAAAAUAAUAUUUACUAAUCAUAGUGUAAACUACAAUCCCAACAAAAGCUCAUGAAACACCUUGCAUAAACAUACUAUAACGUACAAUUUUCCCCCUCCAUGUACAAUGUUUAGUUAAAAUGAGUUAAAUGAGUAACUUUGUGUGUUGCUAUGGUGCAUUUUUACUUCACCAAGUUUCGACUGACAUUGUUCAAUGGAAGGAGAAGAUUUUGUGUCUAUUAUUCACCAGUAGUGCAGGUUUUUCAUUAACUUUUUCUUGGGGUCUACUGUAUGUCCAGACUCCAGAACUGUUUGCUGUUUAGUUCAUUGUCUAACAUUUUAACUUGGCUAAGCCUGAGGUUCUAUUUUGGCAGAGCAUUUUAUGUAAGUGAACCACUGAGUUCAAUUAAACACAUAGAAAGCAGGGCAUACCAUCUAUGUCCCGUCUAUUGUAUUUGUAGUAAAUUUAAAACUUCUUCAUAAAUGUCAAUUCCCAUUUCAUUUGAAGGUGCCAAAGGGUUUACAACCUGCAAGAUUUCUGACUGUAUAUUAGUUGCAUUUUCAAUGUUUAUUGGGUGGACAACAACAUCAUUAUCACUUUCAUCAAAUGGGUUCGGUCCAUGUGGAUCAAACCCAUAAAACUCCGCAUUUUCAGGGAGUGGGUCAGGUUGUCCAGGUAGCAAUGGGUUAUCUGCAUUUAAUAUGCUAUUUAUCCAUACUUGGUAAGGCGACCAAUUAUGCAUUGUACGAACUUUGUGUUGAUUAUAUGCUUCCACAAACUCCUGGAGAGCUAGAUUGAUUCUUGGCAGAAAAACAAUAUGUAAUGCAAACACAUGAAGUGGAUUUGUAGUAUUAAGGAUUCCAGAAUCUUCCAUCGCAUAAAAUACAUAAUAGAAGUAGUGGCUAACUGUACGGAAUACAUCUCUCCAAAGUCUCUCAAUUCUCUGAUUAUGGGUCGAUGGUCCAGCAAUGAAACUGGCUCGACCUUCUCCCCGGGCUUCCACCAUAGCUUCACACACCAAUACAUUUUCUACCCCGUGGUCUACUCGAAUACGGGAUGGCCACAGUUCUCCAUCUUUCUCAAUAGCAUCAAGAAACAGGGUUAAUACUGUGCUAGCUAGAUUGUUUGAGCUGCAAUGAAGAUAAAUUAUUCUUCUUGAGAAGCCAUCAAUGCAUCCAUGUAUGACUAACCCCCAUCUUAUCAAAGAAUGGUGUCCGUCAAGAUGCCACAGUGAGUUGGCCCACGGAACUUGAUACCGUCUACGAUAAACUGCAGCUCCCCAUCUUAAUGCAGCAUUUUCUGGAUCAAUUCUGGCCAUACUAUUGCGAACUCUUCUUCUUUGCAAAUGUAUACCACGGGAGCGAAGGUACCCCAUUAUCAACACUUCCCCGGUUGUUCUUCCAUGACGACUUGUGUAAUCUCUUAGUACUUCGUCAAUUUCUGCAUCAGAUAAAUUGCUAAAUUCACUUAAAUGAAGCAGGUUGUACUCUUGAAUUCGUCUAUAUAUUGUCCAUCGUGAAACGCCAUACAUCUUUGCAAUUUUUUCUUUACUGAAACCUAAACCCAAAAGCUCUUCUAACAUUUCAGGUUGUACAUGAAAUGCAGGUCUUCCAGGUCUUCUAGUAUGCUCAACAUUACAGCUUUGCAUAGUCAGUGUUGUUGGUCUACGAGCAAGUUCCGACAUAUGGCUAUGUAAGUUUUGUAAUAUAAAUGUAAAGCAGCUUUCAAUUGCGUACCAUUCCUGCCUGUCAUCCUCGUCAACCUCUUGGCGUAUCAAUCCUAAAAGGCUUAUGGUUCGAUCAACAACAGUCAGACAUGCCUCUACUUCAUUUAUAUGUCUGCUGUUAGCAUUUAUUACAGCAUCUGCCCGGUCGAGAACUGAAUUUAAAAAUAAAGGCAAUUCUUCUUCCACGCUGAAAUUAUCAAUCUCUGCCUCAAAAUCGCCAUAUUCAUUCCUAGGAAUUUCGAUUUCAGUUAAAGCAGCCAUGUUGCACUCGCCGAGGGUAAGUAUGGUAAUUGUAGCCUGGGGACGAGCUAGACGGAACGUUGAAUGUUUUUUGUUGAACGUUGAAUGUUUUUUGUUGAACGUUGAAUGUUUUUUGUUGAACGUUGAAUGUUUUUUUGUUGAACGUUGAAUGUUUUUUUGUUGAACGUUGAAUGUUUUUUUGUUGAAUGUUUUUUGUUGAACGUUGAAUGUUUUUGUUGAACGUUGAAUGUUUUUGUUGAACGUUGAAUUUUUUUGUUGAACGUUGAAUGUUUUUUUGUUGAACGUUGAAUUUUUUUGUUGAACGUUGAAUUUUUUUGUUGAACGUUGAAUUUUUUUGUUGAACGUUGAAUUUUUUUGUUGAAUGCGUUGUUGAAUGUUGAAUUUUAUUGAUCAUUAAAGGUUGAAAUUCAAUUGGUUGAAUAUUGCUACAAAUGGCUUGCCAUAUACCAUGGAGAGUAAUGCACAUUUCUUAUGCUACAGUCCCGAAAUUACAUCAUAAGGAGGAGAAUGGUUAAGGCUACGUCCAAGUCAUAUACAUAGUAUAUUAGUGCUGCAGGUGAAAAUUAGGGAUUAUGGAUCGAAAGCUAUGCAAAUAACAAAUUUGCGUGGUGCUUCGAUAAACCAAAAUUGAUAUUAUUAUUCGCCACGCAAAACUACAAAGAUGAAAGAACUUAAUCUUUACAGUCAUCCUCAGGAAUUACGAAAGCACUAUAAAUCUUAUAAAACCCCACGUUGCCAUCUGAAAUACUUCUCAUCAUUACAGUAAUUACUGAUACUGGUCACUACUAUAAAAAACUAUACAGUUCUGAGAAGUGAACUAAGCUGAAAAUUCGGCAAAAUUCGCCCUUGUUCUCCUAUUUGAUAAUUCGGUAUCCUGCUGAACUAAUUUUAGAGCAGUAAUAAGACUGGACUUUUUAUUUCCAAAAUCUGUAACCUUGGCUCUCAAGUCUGAUGUAGUUUGGGAUACGUUUAUAUAUUCCCCUCUCAUUUCUUCAUUUUUCCUGAUCUACUUUUCCCUUCUUCGAUCUACUUUUCCCUUCAUGCAGGAAGGUUUCACAUUCUUUAAUAGCUGGAUUGCAACCUAUCUCUUGGUGUAAUAAAACAGCGGCCAUGUUUGUACCAAAUUCAAUGAAAGAUGAUGAGAUUCUUUUGUUGAUAUAGCACCAACAUGGCCGCAGUGACGUAACGUCCAAUUGACCUUUAAUGGUUAUUUAAUUUGCGAGAAACGCUAAUUUUCUGUCAACAUUAUCUCCAGCCUAGAUUUAAUUUCACAAAUUUCCCGGUUACUGUUGAACUUCGCAGUAUUAUAAUGAUGCUAGAGUAUAUGCUUCCACUUUCUGGUUACAAUUUCGUGACCAGUAUGCAAGUUACUGUUUGUUGACUCCAAGUCCGAAUGCGUAUUUUGGUAUUUUGAACUUUAAGAGGUUGGUUUCGUUGCAAAUUUCCUGGACAAAUUAUAUUAUUUGUUCUUAGUUUCUUCAGCCUUUUCCCUUCUGAAAGUUCCACUAUUCGAAUACCAACGUAUUGAGACUUCGCUGUUUUCAAACAGCUUACAGUUACUGUACUUCUCGGUGUUGUCCAUUUCCCAUGUUGAAUAUAGCCCGUCAACAAAUUGUAGCCUCCACUUUAAGCUUCCCUUGUUCGUAACUGAAAUGGUUACUUUGUCCUCUGCAGUCAACAAAUUGAUUUCCCAUCACUGCUGUAUUCAGCAAGACGUUUCCCGCCUUCGAGCUCAAUUUUGUCAAAUGUUCUGCACUGUAUGUUCAAUUUUUCUUCUAAUCUGAGUAUAUCCUCACUAACACAAGAUGUUUUUACUAAUAUUCAUAAAAAAGGAUAAACGAGUUCAUAAACUAUUUCUUUAUUGCGACAACGUUCUCGAUACAACAUUUAAGCUUUAAUAUAAGAAUAAUAAGCAUGAUCAGCGACAGUGGUCUAAAGUUGCUUCAAACAUUGAUUUAAAUUUUAACGUAAGUUUUAGCGCGGGCAAACAGCGAAAUUGUGAUUGUAUCAAGUCAGCCAUUUUAAG